AUGUCCAGUCAGCACCGUCAACAACUGUACCUGAGAUGCGAGAUGAAGCCGCAUGAGCAUCGCGCUGCUCUCACACCCACCACGGCGCGCAAGCUCAUCGACGCUGGCUUCGACAUUACAGUGGAGAGAGACCCACAGCGCAUCUUUGAGGAUGAGGAGUACGAAAGGUGAGGAGCAUGGCGAAGCAGACGUCAAUCGCAACAUUCUCUCGCACGCGACGGACACAUCUGAUUGCGCGAGCUGUCCCUCUUGCUGCCUCGCUUCAGGGUGGGCUGCAAGCUCUCCCCUCACAACACGUGGGCAGAUCAACCUUCCAACAUCCUGAUCAUUGGUCUCAAAGAGCUGCCAGCCCCUGGUCCUCCCCUCCCCCAUACCCACAUCCAGUUUGCCCACUGCUACAAGCACCAAGGAGGCUGGGUCGAUGUGUUGAGUCGCUUCAAAAAGGGCGCCGGAAAGCUGUACGAUUUGGAGUUCCUCGAAGAUUUGAAUGGGAGGAGAGUCGCUGCUUUCGGAUGGCAUGCUGGAUUCGCUGGAGCUGCUCUUGGCGUAUUGGCGCUCAGUGAGCAGCUCAAGGAUCCCAAGAAGAGGCUGGGCAAGCAGACUCGAUAUCCCAACGAGGCCGAACUCAUUUCCCACUCCAAGAAGGAGGUCGAUCUCAUCAAAAGCAAGCGCAGCGACGGCAAGGUCAAAGCGCUGGUCGUUGGCGCUCUUGGUCGCUGCGGUCGAGGAGCCAUCGACUUUUUGGAAAAGGCGGGAGUCGCCUCGUGAGUUCAGUGUCUAAUCCCCGGAAUCUGGGCUCGUAAGUGACCAUGUACGCUGCUGAUUUGAUCGAACAGCGAAGAUAUCGUCCGGUGGGAUAUUCAGGAGACUAGCGCAAAGUCUGGGCCCUACCAAGAGUUACUGGAUGGUGAGUAGCAUUGCACACCACCUGCUGCUGUACGAAAGCCCACUCAUCCUUACACGCCCCAUCCCGAAGUCGACAUCUUCGUAAACUGCAUCUAUCUCAACAAGAAGAUUCCACCUUUCUUGACGAGCGAGUUCAUCGAGAGUGCAGGCGCAGGGAGAAGGCUCGGGUGCGUCGUCGAUGUCAGCUGCGACACCACCAAUCCCAACAACCCGCUACCCAUCUACGACAUCAACACGACCUUUGUGGAACCUACAGUAGACGUGCCGCUCAAGUGAGUGAGAUUCGCCGAUCACGCUCGCUUGACAUUGCCAGACUGACUGUUUUCCUCGGCCCAUGGCUCGGCAGGGCUGGCGCAGAUCCCCUCACCGUCAUCUCCAUCGACCACCUGCCCACGCUGCUCCCCCGCGAGGCUUCCGAGGGCUUCAGUACUGAUCUCCUGCCCUCUUUGCUGCAGCUGCCGUACGUCAUCGCGGACAACCCGAAGAGCUCGGAAGCUGGAGCAGGAGUGGAGGAAGGCAAAGGAGCAGUUUGGACAAGAGCAGAGAAGCUAUUCAAGCAUCAUCUAGCAGAGGCAGAAAAGGAAGGAGCAUGA